AAAAUCCACAUCGUGUGAGCUACGCAAAUACUUGCAGCUCAAAGGCGCCUCGCAUUACAAAGAUUUCGACAAUCACUACUCAUCAUGGGAGUCCAAGGACUGAUGAGCUACAUUGAUAGCAACAGAACAUUUUUAAAGUACUGUAAUUUCAGAGAUAGUCCACUAAUAAUAGAUGGAUCCAACCUUUUCUACAACUUGUACUUUAGCUGUAAAUUGGAUCAGAUGCAUGGAGGAGAUUAUGAAGCCUUUGAAGAGAUGAUCAAACAAUUUUUUGAGAACCUCGCAGCCUGUGACAUUCACCCUUUUGUUGUACUUGAUGGUGGGGCCGAUCACACAGACAAAAAAUUUGACACUCUCAGGGAACAAGGUCAGCAAAAAAUAAAAGAAGCCCAUGCCCUGUCUAUGGGAUCGAGAGCAACAGUCCUCCCUUUUCUCAUUAAACAAGUAUUCAGACAGGUCCUUCAUAAUCUUAAAGUACCUCUUGUCCAGUGUAUUCAAGAGGCAGAUUGGGAAAUCGCUGCUUUGGCAAGUCAGUGGAAAUGUCCAAUUCUGUCCAAUGACAGUGAUUUCUUUAUAUUCAACAUCACAAAGGGAAUCUUGCCAAUCAAAUAUUUUCAGUGGAGUAACGUAAGAGUGGACAGAAAGACAAACAAAAAAUUUAUCCUAACCAAACAUUUUGCGGUGGAAAGAUUAUGUGCAUCUUUCAACUAUAUGAACAAGGAUCUUCUCCCAGUCUUCGCCUCCAUCUUAGGCAAUGAUUAUGUGAAGCUGCAAAAUAUCAGUCAUCUUCGUUGGGAGCAGCACUCAGUACAUGGUGGGGCUUUUGCCCAUAUUGAUGGCUUGCUUUGCUGGUUAUCCCAGUUUGCUGGGCCAGAAGAGGCCAUAAUUGAUUUUCUGAAGAAAAUUACAGACAAAAAAGAAAAGGAAAUUGUUGGUAAAGCACUGUUUGAGGGUAUCAAGGAGUAUAAGCUCAUCACUGGUUCUCUUAGCCUGUUCUUCACCUCGAAGACAGUUCCCCAAACAUCAGGUCCACUGCGAGCCCUACCCAGGUGGAUCCUGCCACCCCUCCUUGAAGGAAAAAUGAGCUCCUGCAUUAUUGAUGUUCUGGUACUGCAAAGGGUCACCCUAAGAUCCCAGGUUGAAGAUUUUGAGCUCCCCAGUAGCAAUGAAAUUUCUCGUCCUAUACGACAAGUGCUUUAUGGUUUACUCUUGUUGGGAGAACAGCAAACAGAAGACAAACACGUGGCAGCUGCUAAAGCAUCUACAGGCAUAGGCAAGUGCUAUGUAGAUGAGUAUGACAGAGAAGAAUUAACACAAACCUGUUCAAAAGUUGAAGCCAUAGAAACAAGGGUAAAGGAAGGACUUCGACUGGAAACAUUAUGGAAGGAACCACACAGUGUGCGGCUUCAGAUUUUUUUGGACACUUUGGGUGUGCCAACCGGUGUCUUAAAAGCAAUCCCCCAAGAUCUACAGCUACAAGUGUUUGUCACAUGCUACUGGAUAAUAAACGCACAACCUCAGCCAAGCCAAGUGCAUCUCUGGAGCCUGCUAUUGAGCAUGGUCUAUGGAAAGCUCUGCAGUGCUCCUACCACACAAAGAGACACACUGUUGAGGCUAAAAAAACUGAAAAUUCGUCGGGGAAGGAUCCGUUUGGACCACGAAGCGGCACAUCUAUACAGCCAGUGGCAGUCCUGCCUAAAAUGGAGUCUCAAUCUCAAUCAUUUGCUAUGCCGUCCACUACAAGAACCAGAGUGUGCACGGUUGUACUGUGGAACACUGGUGCACGCGGCUGUUCGAGAGCUCAGGAGAGGCAUCACUCCAGAGAGUCUGCUUGUGAGCAGCUCAUACGCUGAGCAGCUGUUCAGAAAGUUGAAGGAUGCAGUGCUGAGCUUGGUGGGUGAAGACGUCAAAUUGCCAAUAAGUAAUGGAGCUGCCCAUCCCUGUUGCACUCAGAAUCAGUCUGAAGACGAAAUGAGCAGCUUAUUUGAACAUCUGAUAAAUGAAGAUAUUGAGGAUGAUGAUGAUGAUCUCAAAGGAAAAGGGAAGAGUAAGGGCAAAACAGAGAUGCUUGAAUGUUCUUACACACUCCGUACCAGAUACAAGGCCAAAGCACGCAAUGGUACUCAUCGCUCUAAGAAAUAUGAGAGGAGAUGCUUUGAGUAGACAACUUGGAUACUUCAGGUUUCCCAAAAGGAUUACAACCUUGUAGGAUCAAUCUGGAAAGAUGGGAUUUUGACUCAUUCCCUAGUUCGUACAACAGACAAAAUCACAUUUACAGUAAUGCACUUAUGUAAAUGUGUUAGCAUGAGACUUGUGAGGAAAUGCCUACCAACCAUGUCUAUGCAAAGCUAUGUACAAUCUUUACAUUUUUUUGAUGUGCUUAAGAAUACCAGAAAAGGACAUGUAACUUUCUACAAAGUACUGUAAAACAGGAAUUACACAGGAAUAAUUUUGAUAAUGCAUAACUACAGUAGAUGUUCAUCCACCUCGAAGAGUACUCCCACCAGGAGUAGACUUGGACACUAAACUGCCCAAAUAACACAUUUAUACAGGACAAUUGAUCCUAGUGCUUAACAAAUGUGUCACAUUUCUGCUUUUAAACUCUCCGGAAUGACUUGCCCUAAAGACGUCCACUGUAAGAGUAUUACUGAAAACAUAAUUUCUGUGUUUUUAUGAACUGGAGGAGGAGUUGCACUGCCUCUGGUUUCCUCAUUUUGAGAAGUUUAUGCAGUACAAUGAACUUAAAUGUAAUAUAAUGUGGUUUACAGGGAAGGUACAUGUUUGCCAACUCCAAGUAACUUUGUUUAUGCCCAUAAAACUAUCUCUAAGAUUUGAAUGUUCUUGAUGUUAUGCUGCUUUCAGUGAAUUUUAAAUGAACACA